AUGGCACACAUAUUCUCCCUCGCUAUUCCCGCACCACCAGCCUACCAUGAAGGCAGCCAAUCUGGUGAUCAAGUCAAAUUCCCAGAUAGUGGCUUUUUCCAAGGGUUCAACAAACCAUCACGACUUGAAGCCGACAUCUUCGAGCUUGAGACGACUGGUACCAUCCCCAAAGAUAUAAACGGUACCUUCUUUCGCAUACAACCUGACCACCGCUUCCCACCUUUAUUCGAGGAAGAUAUACAUUUUAACGGUGAUGGAUCGGUAUCAGCGUUCCGGUUCGAGAACGGUCACGUCGACUUCAGACAGCGAUAUGUACAUACCGAUCGCUUCAAAGCGGAAACGAGGGCGCGCAAGUCGUUACUGGGACGGUAUAGAAAUCCUUACACCGAUAACGAGAUGGUGAAAGGCAUCAUUAGAACAGCGUCGAAUACCAACAUCAUCUUCUGGCGCGGAGUGUUGCUGGCGACUAAGGAAGAUGGGCCACCGUUUGCUAUGGACCCCGUCACACUCGAGACGAUUGGUAGGUACGACUUUGACGGCCAAGUACAAUCUCCUACAUUUACCGCGCAUCCGAAAUUCGACCCGGAUACCGGAGAGAUGGUAUGCUAUGGAUACGAGGCUGGAGGUAAUGGGUAUGACGCUAGUUGCGACAUUGUGGUGUACACAAUUGACAAAUAUGGAAAGAAGACUGAAGAAUGUUGGUACAAAGCACCUUUCUGCGGAAUGAUACACGAUUGCGCUAUCACAAAGAAUUACCUGAUUCUACCACUCACGCCAAUCAAGGUCAAUGCCGAGAGGCUUAAGAAAGGUGGCAAUCAUUUUGCCUGGGAUCCAGAAGAAGACCAGUGGUAUGGUAUAGUGCCUCGCCGGAAUGGUAAACCAGAUGAUAUCGUCUGGCUACGCGCCGAUAACGGCUUCCACGGCCACGUCGCCGGUUCUUACGAAGACUCCUCAGGCAACAUCGUUGUCGACCUAACCAUAGCAUCUGAUAACGUCUUCUACUUCUUCCCACCAGAUAGCCAAGAAAAUACGCCUGCAACGUUACUCCAACGUAACAAGCUCGUUUCGGACACUUACCGCUGGGUCUUCGACCCGAAAACUCCUACUAACACACGCGUGCAACCCCAUAAGCUCUUCGGCAUCAACGGCGAGUUCUCGCGCAUUGACGAUAGAGUACUGACGAAGAAGUACAACCACUUCUGGCAAUGCAACAUCGAUCCAAGCAAGCCGUACGAUUUCCAGAAGUGCGGCCCCCCGGCUGGUGGACUGUUCAACGUACUAGGACACUACGAGUGGGAGAGUGGGAAGAAAGAUACCUUCUGGGCAGGCCCGACAUGUACAUUUCAAGAACCAGUCUUUGUCCCAAAAGCCUUGUCUUCUCCAUCGGAGUUUGUGGAAGGCGAGGGUUAUAUCAUGGCUUUGCUCAACCAUCUCGACGUUUUGCGCAAUGAUAUUCUUAUCUUUGAUGCGCAAAAUCUCUCCCAGGGGCCGCUAGCGGUCAUUCAUCUGCCUGUCAAGCUGCGCUUGGGUCUACAUGGUAACUUCAUCGAGCAAGAGGAUAUUGACGAGUGGGCUGAAAAGAGGAAGAAUGGUGGUGACGUUGGGCCGGCGGUACCAGCGAAGGAGAUGUUGCCGUGGCAGAAGAAAAUGGCAGAGGAGGAGGGCCUUGGGAGUGCAGUGCCAGUACCAGGGAAGGGGUUUGGGAAUGGAUUCAACAGCCUUAAUCGAUUCGGUCAGGAAAAGGUGAGCAACGCCGUCGCGGAGGAUAACGCUGUCAACGAAUAUUACGAAGACUCAGAUGACGAGAUGCCGGAUCUUGUGGAAUAUCCCUACGAUGAUGAGCUAGACAAUGAUGCAGACUAUGGAGAUGAACUCGAAUACAAAGAGAAUGAGCAAGCUGAGGAAAAUGCCUCUGAGGACGAAGCUGAAGACGAUCAAGCGGAUCAGACACAGCAUACUCACCCUCCCGCCGACGAAGUGGAAACCGGCGAAGAUGGUUAA